AUGGGACCAGGCAAAGUGAUUCCUUAUUAUUUUAAAGCAACCGAUACAUUUGACUCUGAAGAUAUUUCUAUUGCCACCUUGGUCACUCACAACCGGUUCCCUGUGCUCAGUCGACUGGCCACACGAUACAAGGGACCGAUCUCGGCAGCGAUUCAUGUGAAUGAUGACCACGAGAAACAUACCAUCCUCAAUGACCUUCACAGCAUGUACCAAGCCAAUCCGGACAUGGCCCGAUUCGUAGACAUUCAUCUCAUCGUCGACAAGUUUGAUCGACAGUUCAACAUGUGGCGUAACGCGGCCAAACUGUUUGCACGUACUGAAUACAUCAUGAUGCUCGACGUCGAUUUUCACUUGUGCACCGAUUUCAGACAGUCUCUCAAACGACACACAGAGGUCAUGGACAAGUUGAGACAGGGUAAGGGCGCAGUCGUGAUUCCCGCUUUUGAAUUCAUCGUGGAGCAGGACGGAGAGGAUUGGAGGACGUUUCCGACGGAAAAGAACGAUCUGAUGACAAUUGUGCAGCAAGGUAAGAUCGAUAUGUUCCAUCUCGGUUGGACAAGAGGACAUGGAUCGACCAAUUACUCGAAAUGGUAUGAGUCAUCGCAACCCUAUAAAGUGACAGACUACAAUUAUUCAUAUGAGCCCUAUGUGAUCUACAAGAAGGAAGGAUCGCCCUGGUGCGAUGAACGGUUUAUUGGGUACGGCGCGAACAAGGCAGCAUGUUUGUAUGAGAUUUAUUUGGCGGGUAUUGAUUAUUGGGUGUUGCCAGAUGAUUUCUUGAUUCAUCAGACUCAUCAUUAUCCAGAAGAUACGCGUGCAAAAGAGCGUAAAUAUAAUAAGAAGUUGUAUGAUUAUUAUCGAGAAGAGGCCUGUCUUCGCUACUCACGGUUAAUGAUCUCAGCCGGUCUGUGGGAAACGUCAGAGGCAGAUAACCUCAAACGAGAAUGUAACAAGAUUAAAGGGUUCAAAGAGAUCGUUGGUCGUGUCUUGUAA